AUGCUGUCCACGGGCGUCUUCCAACUCACCCUCGUCGCCCUUCUUCCGCUUGCCCUCUCGAGCCCAGUCCAACUAUUUCAGCGGGAUACAGCCGCAACAAAUGUCCAGUGCACUGAUAAAGCAGCCAAUAUCAACGAACACAACAAGAAUGUAGCCCUGCUACAAAUCUGCGGGGGCAUCGCGGGAUCAAUCCAAAAGUGCGGUGGCAACCCGACCAGUACCACUGGCCAGUCCGGCGACGCCAAAUUCACCCUCACUCCUACCGACAGUGGAGCUACUAUAAACAUCUCCAAGGGCAGAUGGGAGCAGUGCAUCAAAUCAGCCGAGGCAAUAUGCACAAAUGGAUCAGCCUACACUGCUACUUGCCCGGGUGGCGCAUCAACCGGAAACAUUGACUUCCAGCUAACAAAACAAUAA